UGUUUUCAAAAGACGCACGGUUUAAAUCCAGUAUGGAGAUACACAUCCUUGAUGACACAGUUGAACCAGUUGACUACGGGUUUACUCAAGAAAUUUCACCAAACUUCGGAUAUUGCGAAUCACUCGGAGAAGCAGAUGAAAUAAUACGGAACUAUCAAGAAAAAACUCUUACCAAAUUCUGUGUCUGUAAGUCAGGAAAAAACUUUGGCCAAAAAGAUUGGCAAAAAUCAAGUCACUUUAUAAGUUUUGAAUCGGAAAGAGGAAAUAUUCGUAUUCCUUUUGAUGGGAUUCCAUUUAUGGUUAUUGGGACCAAAGUACUGCAGUGUCAGCAUGGGAAGGACAGCCACAAAAAAUCUAAGGAACGAUACAAACAGAUGAAGGAAAGAGGAGAGUACCCACCAAGUAAGAAGCAACGAACACUGACAAACCCUACAAAGAAGAAAGAUUGUCCAGCUACCAUACAUCUCAGAGAAGUUGUUACUUUUCCAGAGUUUCAAAUGUUAAAGGACACCGCAAGAUACCGAAGAAAAAUAUCCUGCGACAUUCGUACUUUGCUUAAGAAUGACCCAAGUAAAAUACAAAUGGAACGAAGAAUUUAUAUAUUGCUACCUUUCAUAAAUGAACAUAGGUUUCAUAUCAUAGGGCAGUGUAAUCCCAACUUGAAGCAAAAUGUUGAUCCUCAGUUGGUGGAAAAAAUCUAUGAACUUGUUAAUGUUAGUGGAGUGGACAGCAUUGAUGAAAUGGUGCAACUUUUAAAGAAUUUCGUCUUAGAAAUUUUUGUUGGAAAAAAAAUGCCACCGGUUUCAAAUAAAAGGUUUUACCCAUCAAAGAAAGAUAUAAGAGAGCAUAUGGCAAAUGCCGUGGCAAAAUUGAGACUCUCCAAGUUCCAAGGCAGCUCCAUUGAAAUGGAUGAUAAAGUAAUGGAAUGGUUGCACAAACAACCUGAGAAUUGUUUAUUCUAUCAACCAUGUAUCAUUCAAAAAGUUACCGAUGCAAAUGAUGACGAGUUGUCAUCUGUAAGUGAUUUCUGGCAGAACUUUUGUUUUUUCUAUCAAACUCGUGAACAGCAACGUCUAAUGGCGAUGUAUGGAAAUGAAAUCUGUAUACUUGAUGCUUCAUUUAAGUUAAACAAAUGUUCCCUCCCCCUUUAUUUCAUCCUGGUGCGAACAAACGUUGACUACCAGGUAGUUGCUACGUUUAUCGUACAAGAAGAAACUCCCGAUGCUCUUGUGGAAGUCUUUGAUCUGUUAAAAGAUAAAAACAAUAACUGGUCACCCAAGUAUUUUAUGAUAGAUGCUGACGAUACGGAAAUCAAUGCAGUUAAGCAAGCUUUCCCAACAUGCCAGAUGUAUGUGAGUGACUUCCAUCGAGAACAAGCUUGGUGGAGAUGGUUACAUACGGAGAGUAAUGGUGUUUCUAUGAAUGAUGUACUUCCGCUUAUUAUGCAACUAAGAUCUGUUGCUGAAUCUAAAACAAUCCAAGAAACUGAAGCUUCGUUAAAUCGACUCACAUCUCAUCCUGUUUGGGUCGUGAACAAAAAACUUCAGUCCUGGUUUCAAAACUCAUGGCUUCGAUAUAAGGAGAGAUGGAUUUGGGCAUAUCGUAGCAACGCGAUACUAAUCCAAAUAAACAUGAGAAAUGGAAUUGAUGUUCAAAACCAGCAGUUCAAACAUGAUGUGUUAAUGAACAAAAGACAUUUGUCUCUUGUAGAGUUGACUACAUUGUUAAUAGAAACUUUGUUACCACAAAUCUACAGCAGGUAUGUUGAGUUGAACCUCAUAUCAUAUGCGGAAAACACAACCUGUUCAAACAAUAUUUCUCCUUAUCUGCAAAACCGACCACAGGAAUUCACCCAACAUUGCUUGUCACAACUACCUGUGGCUCAUGACUUUGGUAAAGAUCUCAUUAAAAAGAUUGAUGAAAAAACUUUUCGUGUCAACAGUCUAUGUGGCUUACUUGUAUUUAUUGUGUGCCUUGGUUCUGAGAGCGAAUUCCCUUCGUGUCAGUGUCAUGUUUGGACAAGUACAUGGUGGCCAUGCCCGCAUCUAUUAGCAUUGUUAGAACACAAACUUAUUUCAUGGUGCCAGUUAUCAAGCGCUUACCGGUUGCUGCCGUUUUUGAAAAUUGACCACGGAGUCCUGGGUCGUGAGAAUUCGAACAAUGACACUUCUGAUUCAGUUUUGCUUUGUAAAGACCCAGAUGAUAGCCAUGAAAUGGUGAAAUUAACUGAUGAAGAAUCCACUGUCAACACUUCGAUUAUCUGUGAAGAAAAAACAGAUGAAACCUUAAACAAUUUUAAAACGAAUAUGCCACAGAAUUGGGAAGUUGUCAUAUUUGGGGAAUAAAGAGUUAUUGCACAAGAC